AGAAUGUCAAGAACACAUCGAGCUUUGGAACAGUGAAACAUGUUCCUCCAUGAUACUACUGAGCGGGUUUUCGUGAAAUUUCUUCCCCCAGUGAUGCUUUCCAACACUGAUGAUCCAAGCACACAAAGCAAACCUGUGGAUGGUUCUAGUCGUUUCUGUGAUGGUUAUUCGCAUCCAAGCAAGAAGUAAAGAGGAUGGAACCAUCUUCCUGGAGCGAGGCAACCCUGGCAUCCUGUCCUGCCCUCUCGUCGCAUCCGGACAAAUCCCGCUGGAUCAGAUCGAAGUCAUGUACUGGUACUUCCCCAGACUACGAGAUGAAGACAUCUUGAUCUCCUACUUCCUAGGGAACGUCGCUCCACAAAACGGCAUCCCAGAGGGCGUGUAUGACAUCAACGGAAACUUCUCUCUGGUUGUUGAGAAUGUGACCGACUCAGAUGAAGGGACCUACUAUUGUAGGGUCAAACCGCGGUUAAGAAUGCUAGUUGAUGGGCACGUGACUAUGCGCGUCAAAGUAUCUCCCAAAGAGCCGUUUCCCGACGUGACCCAAUGCACUCAACGCAUCUCCGAGACUGCGUGCAAGGCAGAGUUACCGAACGACAUAAAAAAACGAAGGUUGACCUGCAUCGUACGGGAUGCCAAGCCUGCCGUGGCUCUCCGAUGGCUGCUUGAGUAUAGUGACGGCGACACACAACUCAUCAGCGAUAGGUUCACCGUAAAACCGAGCGCGUAUUCGGUGAACACCUUCACCACUUCAGCAUCGAUCCCAGUUGUUUCGAGUAAAGUGGACACGUUGUACAGCUGUCAAGCCUACGGGGAGGCUCUGAGCUCCAGGAAUGGUAGCCACGUGACGGUGACAGCUUUCUAUACCCUUCAAACAACACAUUUUAAAUCAAUUCAACCUACCGCAGCUGUACCGGCGAUGGCUGAGUUGGGCUUUAAUUAUACAGUAGAAGACACUCCGUAUUGCUCUCAAAAUGCUGUGAUUGGGCUCACAGUUGCUUUGUGCCUGUCAUUGGCUGUCGUCGUUGGUUUGGUUAUUGCUGUCUGCAAGAUAUCGAUGAGGAAACCUGGACAAAAGAAUGACAUCGAGUUGCAGAACGAGACGAGGGUCAGGGGAAAUAAAGGAUCUAAGGGAGAACCCCAAGAGACGUGUUUGGACUCCGAAGUCACUAUCCCACUCAAAGGAGAGAAUGGACAUGUGUGUAACUUAAAGAAACAAGCCAAUCGUACGUAAUCAUAUGGAAAUGUCGAUAUAAAAUUGACGGUAUUUGGGAAAUCCCUCUUUGUGAGAUACUGAUUUUCCUCACAGAUUCCCAAUUGUUCUAAAAACUUGUGAGAUAUUAGUUUUGAUUCUAAGUAAUUCUUUCGUAUAAUAGCCUGCAAAAUACACUGCAUUUUCAAACCAGAUUUUGUGAAAUUUGGAUGAAAUUUGGGCCCUAAAAGCGCUCUAUUUUGCAAAGGAGGGUAAAUGCCGUUUUUAAAAAUGACGAUGGGCUUCAGGACUUUUUUAAGGGGUGAUCAUCUUCGGAUGGAAAUUUCUUCUAAAAGUAAUCAGA